CAAAUUUUCACAGCACGGCAGGCACGCGCCUCGUUGUUCCAGAAAUAUUGCAUGGUUACAAGUGUGAUUUCAUUUAAUUCUAGUGGAAACUGCGCAAAAACUACUCCAAAGCACAGUGGACGUGAGAACGGCAGGGAGCAACGGACGUUUGUCCUCUGCUUGGUGUGCAGUGAAGGCUGCCAGCUGUUGCGUAGCGGUGACGGAUUAGCAGCGAGGCUAAAUAGUCUAGCCUACCCUUGCUGUAUAGGCGGCUCACCACUGUCAUAGCUUCAUCUAAGCAUCGUUCUCGUGUCACGUACCCGGUGAUCUGGUUGCAUAGGUGGUUGUUAUAGUGGCAGCUGUACAGUCAUGGAGCAGCCAUCGGCACUCGAGGGCCGGGCAAAGCAGAUCGAGAAAGAAUAUCUCUCCAGCCUAGCCGACCUGAAUGUCAACAGCAAACCGUUGAUAAACAUGUUGACAAUACUGGCCGAGGAAAACCUCGAGUACGCCCAGAUCAUCGUGCACGCGGUGGAAAAGCACCUGAUAAAGGUUGCACCUGAUGUAAAACUGCCAAUACUUUACCUCGUUGAUUCCAUCGUUAAGAAUGUGGGGAAGCAGUAUCAGACGCUGUUCAGUCAGGUCAUAGUGAAUAUGUUUUGCGGAGUGUUUCAAACGGUCAAUGAAAAGAUUCGUGAAAAAAUGUUCAACUUGAGACAAACCUGGAAUGAAGUAUUUCAACAAGGCAAGCUCUACACACUGGAUGUAAAAAUCAAUUCCAUAGAUCCAGGAUGGCCAAUUACGGCGCAAUUGAAACCGAUGGCAUCGUCCAUCCACCUGAAUCCCAUGUUCCUGAAAGGAAAUCAUGAGCCUACACUAGCAAUGCAGCAAAAGUUAAGAGUCAAACAGCGAGAGUUGUUGGAACUGCAAGCACGAAAGCUGGAAUUGGAAUUACUGACGACGAAGAAGCGCAUUAUGGAACAGGAGAAACAACUAAACAUUCAAACGGAAAGUGUUGCUAAAGAGCCAUCGCUAGAGAUAGUAAAACCGUUGGAAGGUGUAAGUGGUCCUGCUGCUAUGCUUUCUGCUACAAGUGGUAUCAUCUCGACAACCGUGCCUCCACCGGUGGUUAUGCCGAAAAGUCGCAUCGCUCCCGUGCCACAAGGUAUGAUCAAUAUGGUGAAGACGCGCGAUCCGCGUUUGGCAAAACAACAAGCUACGGCUCCGCUUGGUGGUGCAUCGUUACCAGCGGCCGGUGGAGUGAAUAAUCACCACACCAAUCUGGGUCCGUUAUCAAUUCCACCGCCCGCAUUUCCCGGUAGCAUAAUGGAUGCCUCAAAUCAUAGCAUUUCGGGAUCGAAACAAUCAUCGACACUUGUGAAGGAGCAACUCGGCGAGAGAAAUCGUCGAUCGGAAGCUGUUGCUGGAGAAAGUGCAAGAUCUGACUCUUUGUUGGAAGAAACAGGAAGUGGAGGCCGUGGCAAAAAACAACCUUCUACCAGCAGCAUUAGUUCGUCUUCGCACAAGUCACGCCGCGAUCACGAUGUGAAACCAAGAAAAGAACGAAAAGAGCACACAUCGUCUUCAUCGUCUGGAAGCGGCAGAUCGUCAACGAAAGGCAAGUCGUCUUCAUCCACCCGUUCCGUUAGCAGCAGUACCGAAAAGAGGAAACAGCGCUCGCACAGCACCAGCGAUGGCUCACCACAUGGUAGGAAAUCACCUCACUCGCCAGGAAAGAAGAAAGCUUCUUCGGAAAAAUCUUCAUCCUCCUCGCACCAUCUGCAAAGCGACAGUCCGAAAGGAAAACCACGUUCGGAAAUCAAGAGCUCUUCGGAAACGUUUGCGGCUAGUGGGAAACCAUCGCAACAAGCACGGAACAAUAAUCUGGACAGCAAGAAACAUCAACACUCCGCUGGCGAGUAUCCAUCAAUUGCGGGUUUGAAUAGCGCCAGCUCCGAAAGCCAGAGUGCCGAUUUUCGUUUUGGUGGUGCUCAAAAACGGAUAAGGAUUGAUGAGUCGGUUCCUGACAUUCAUUCUGUUUUGGAGGAUACGGACGAAACUGUUAUGCCGAUGAUGAGGCAAAAAGCGUCGGAAGUACAAAAUAAUAGCGCAACAGACGACGAAGAAGCUCUUUCGGCAAUGAUUGCAAAAGAUAUCGAUUUACGAGCCAUUCCUCUUCAGUUGAUCACGGCGAAACAUAUGACGGAGCACGAUUUAUCUCUGAACGGGCCAAAGAAUGAUGCAUCUGGGUCUGGCUCGUCGAAGGAAUCUCCAUCGAAGGGAGCUGAGGAACUGGAGGACACAGAGAGUAACUCUGGCGGAAAGAAGCGAACCAGUACCACCAAUUAUGAUGAACCCAACGCCAAGAAGAGCAAAGCCGAAAUAAUAGAUGCAUUGUUCGGUAACGAAGACGUCGAUCUUCGACAGUUACCGAUUGGAGGCACAUUAGUGAUCUCAGGAGACGAACAGGAGAUGGAUUUUUCAAAGAUGGAAAACGCAGUUGAUCAGUCCCGAUCUUCCCCUUCGGAGAAAACCAAUAGCAACUCUGGAGCUAAGCUUGAAGAUAUGGGCAAACAGCACGACAAGGACAAGCUUGGCAGGCCUCUGUUGUAUAAUAAAUUACCUGAUGAUCCUAUAGAACGGCGACGAUCGAUCAAUUCUCUUGCUAAACCAGGCGACAUAGACCAUCGGUUGCAGCAUCAGGGUCUGUUUCAUCACAAAGCCGCAGAGGAUGACGAUAAUUCAAUGGACAGUAUGAAUGCGAAUAUCAAAACCAUUAUCGCCCAGGCACAGGAGCAAAUGGAUAAGGGUGAAAUAACGCCUGAGCAGUACAGCAUUCUGAUGAAACAGGUGAUUCAGCUGAAUGAAACGCAAAAAAUACGCCAAGCGCAACGCAAAGAGUCAGUAAAGCGCCAAGAUCAAACGAUUAUUCGAAUUGAUGAUAAUGCGUCGUUGAGUGGCGAUGAUGAUGUGAUCGUAACGUCCGUGACGGUACCGACGCCAGGCGCAUCGGGCAUGCGUAUGACCGAGCAAAAGGACAUCGUGAACGAUUUUCGCGGAAAAAUUCAUCCCAUCGACGGAAAGCCACCGUUAGUCAAGCCCUUUGAAGUUGCACCUUUUGCUGGCAUUGGUAUUCCUCCUACAUCCAUCCCGCCUCCUGAUAUUCGUGCCCAGCGAGAUCCACGACGAAUACGUGAAUCGAAAUGGAAUCGUGUAGAGCCUGCCCCAGCAUUAGGAUGGGCAAAUCGUCCUGGUGCUGUUGGGCCUGUCGUUGGUGGACCGAUGGUAGGGGCGCCCUUGGCUGGGGGGAUUCGGCCUGGAAUGGUGGUACCAAGCCCUUGGGAGCAGGCACCGUUCCAGGUGAUGACCGACGGUAUGCCUCGGUUCCCGACACCUCCGGGUCCUCUUCCGCUGGGCGUCCUCGGUGGAGUACCCGCAAACGGAAUAUCAAUGAUGAAUCCGGCACUGCCUAAGAUGAAUGAUAGCGUCCGUACGAUAAACAUCGACGGUGUGCAACGGGAGAUACGCUUUUACGAGGAAACUGCCGUCAUCUUCAUUACCUGGGACGAACCGAAGGAGAUUGGAUUCCAGAAGGGUGCGCGCAUGGUGGUUGUGGACGACAGGGAAACGUUCGAGCUAGGUUUCAAUGAACCAUACAAAUCGGUUAGCAUUGAAAAUAAAGUCUAUCAGAUGCGUUUGGGUGCCCCCACGAGGGAGCUUUAUAUCGAUGAUUCCUGGUACGAAUGCUACUUCGGUGAUAAGCCUUCGACGAUAGUGUUGGACGGCAAGCCGAGAGUGUUUAAGAUCGCCGGCCCAGCACCGCAGGUGAAAAUUGGUGACAUUCGCAAAGAUCUUGUAGCUGGCAAAAUCAGCAUGAUUGUCGAUGCAAAGUACGUGAUACCGGUGUUUCUGGACUGCAAAAUACAGAUGUUUGAGGUGCAUGGCGUAAUGCAUCGCCUACAGUUUGCGGAUUUCCUGCUGACGGUGUUAAUAGACGAUCAACCGUUCCCGGUUGAUUAUGGCGGCUUGCCGAUUCUUGUACGGUCGCGCGACAGCGAUCACUAUAUCCGAUUCACAGCCCUGCCAAACGGGCUUGUGCCGGGUAGAGUGUAUAUCCGCGACAUGAUACGCACACCAAUGUACCGCGAUCUUCGUACACCACCGAAAGAUCCCGGUGAUCUGUCACCACCGAUACCACUGAAUCCACCCUUCGCCCCUCCGACAACCGCACCACCAGCCUUGUCUGUUUCCGGGCCACCAGGAAUGGGUUUCGGAGCAAUGAACAAUCUUCCACCAGUGAUUGGUCCGCACUCCUCAACCUCGGCUGGGCUAGACUAUCUCACGAACUUAAUGCCUUCGAUGGCAAUGCAACCGGGAGCUGUCAAAAAUGGUCCUGGGUAUCGUAUAGAAGCGGACGAGAAGACGCUCAUCGCAGGGGGUACAGGCAUCGGAUCAACGGUACCCAGUUCAUCGCAACAGGCAAACGCUUCAGCUGCCGGUGGAGCAUUGCCCCUUCUUAGCAACAUAAAUGUGGAGGAAUUAUACAAAAAGAUUGUAGCGGCUGGCAUUAUCACGAAGUUAGGCACAGGCAAAUCGUCUUCGCCAACACCAGCACAAUCGGCUGGUGACGGUGUUGCAGAAAAGGACCCGAAAGAUGCGGCCAGCAAAUCCAAAGAAAAGGAUAAAUCACCCGUUCCUGAAAUUGAGCCGGUGCUACUGGAUAAGCCGGAAGCGCUCAAGAAACGCCAAACGGCCAUUGUGCACCAGCUCUUCUCCGGUAUGCAAUGCAGCAGUUGCGGUGUACGAUUCCCACCCGAGCAGACUAUGAAGUACAGCCAGCAUCUGGAUUGGCACUUCCGGCAGAAUCGGCGCGACCGUGACUCGGCACGGAAGGCACACUCACGCAAGUGGUACUACGACGUUUCGGAUUGGAUCCAGUACGAGGAGAUCGAAGACUUGGAAGAACGCGAAAAGAAUUGGUUCGAAACGCAGCAGACUGAUCAGGGUGAUCUGAAAAAGGGCGGCGGUGGCGGUGGAGGAGGAUUGAGCGGCAGUGCCAUCGAUGGUGAUGAAUUUUCGUCGCACGAUGACUCGCCCCAGCCGAGCUGCCCGGCCGGAUCAGAUGAAAGUGACCGGCAGUGUCACAUGUGCCACGAUACGUUCGAACACUUUUACAGUGAGGAAACGGAAGAGUGGCAUUUGAAGAAUGCGAUCCGGAUCGACGGUAGCACGUACCAUCCGCUGUGUUACGAGGACUACAAGGCAUCGUUGACGAUGUCCGAAUCCACGCUGGGCAAUGGGACACUUGGUGUGUCGUUGGACGAGAGCCAGAAGACUGAAGAAAUGAUGGAUACGAGCGAAGGAGGCGCUGAGGGAGAAUGUAAGGUGGAAGGGAAAUCGAGAUCUAGCAAAACAGGUGACGAAAUGGAAGACGACGAUGACGAUGAUGAUGUCAUUGUGUUACCCACUGUGGAACCCGUCGUGGAAGAAAUCCUCGAUGAUGACGGUGAUGAGCCACCGAAUGGCGAGAAAGAAGCCGACGGUGUUGCAGCUACAGAAGAAGGACAAGAGGCAUCGACAGGAGCGUCCGGAAAUGUUAAAUCACCACGACAACCGGAGUUCCAAGAACGUCAAAUCGAUGAGGAUCUCUUCAUACAGGAGCCCAACAUUGAGGUAACGGACUUGGAUGAGAUAGAGGACAAACCGAUCGAUAGUUGUUCUGCUGAUGCUGGAUCUGCAGAUGGCGGCCAUGGAGAGAAUGGUGCCAAUUCGCUGUCGUCGUUGCUGCGCGUUAAGAUAAAGCAGGAACCGAAAGAGGAAGACGAUGCAGACGAAGAGGAUGCUCUAUUCGAGGACGUGGGCACUAUCGAGUCCAGCUUAGUUGAAGUUGAUGAACCUUCGCCGGCAACCAACAAUGCUGCAGAAGAGGAACUUUGCGACGAGCUUAUAGUUGAAAGCAUUCCAUCGCCAUCAGAAUCGUCCAACCAGAUGGGCCUGUUGGUGCAACCGAAGGCAUCGAUUGACGGCAACGUGGAGCUGCAGGAUGCACCACAGUCAGUCGCGGCCAUGCCAAAUAAAAUCAAAAUCAACAUCACAACGGCGAAAGCCCAGCAGCAGCCAAACCAUGGCCUAACAUCGGCCAACGAUGGCGAAACUAGCGACACUACCAACGGUGUAAAUGUGAAUAAUUUUAAUGAAGAUAGCCAAGGGAUCGGGCUGGACAGUGGCGGCACCCAGCAGAACCACGGUGAUGCGGCGACGAUCGCGGAGGAUGGUACCGGAAGCUGGGAAGAGAAGCAAGAAAAGAACGGUUCCGAACAGUCCAAUAAUAAAGAAAUGUCGGCGAUUACGACGACGGCUCCAGUGGAUGAUGGUGUGGUUACGUUCGAAGAAACAACUGAUGUAGCGUAUGAGCUGAAGGAGUCCCUGAAGGGCGUCGAUUGGAACAGACAGCCACGGGUAACCAGUGGUCUCGAGGCUUCCGGCCUCUGUUCGAUCAUGUAAAUAGCAACAAACUCGUUGUCGCACCCGCAUCUGUCUGUGGCAGCGUUCGCAAAAUGGGUACACACUCCGCCUUCUGAAGUGUGUCGAUCUUACUGAUUUGACCGCAUCUACCACACGUAGCCACGGGGCAGGGUACCUUUUUUCACUUAUUCUUAGCCAUUUUUGUUGCUCUUUCUUACAUGGUGCCAGGUGAUGUGACUCCUGGUGCUAUGGGUAAUGACGAAGCAUCGUGUUGCAAUUUUGGGGGUAAUAGUGUGGUUUGUUAUUUGAUAGGUUUAGUAGAAUUUGUAAAUUAGCAUUUAGUAUGAUUGUUUUUUCGGGGCUUGGGAAUGGGAAUGGCCGUUAAAUGACCAUAUGGAACAUCAAGCACAUCAAGAGGAAUAUGUAACGCUAGUCAUGUACACACGUUCGCAAAAUGGCGGCAUAUAAAAAGGACAAGAAAGCGAUUAGAAAAAAAAUCAUACCAGCGUGAAAUUUCAAGGGUGUAUUGUGGGACAAUCGCUUCCGGCUCGAUAGUCCCUCAUCAGGAGGUCACACAUGAUGAUCGUGAGCAUAUUUUUAUCAUUCAUUUUACUCUUUAGUAUUUGUAUAACGUUAUUCAAAUGAACUCUAUCGUAUCAAUUGAAUUGUAUUUGCCUGUUUUUGCAAACACGGUUUCGAGCGGGACUGGAACAGCAUCAUUUCGUUGGAAAUAUGUUUUUUUUCUUCCUCAGCGUGAAAUAGCGUCAAAGCGCCUCAGUGGGAUGUGGCGAAAUGUGAACACUGUGCGAACGCCGUCGUUAUCCGAUCGGAUAGAAUAUGAAAUCAAUAAAUGAAAAAAAAAAACAAGUGAACUGAAGUCACAUGAAGAAAAUAAGAAAAUUUUCCUUGCGGAGAAACGUCUAUUAAUACCUAACACA